AUGGGAAGUAAAAAGGAAGGAAAGGUCAAAGAAAUUAAGGUCAAAGAACCUAAAGUAAAAGAAUCUAAAGACAAACCAGAAGAGACGAUAUCGAUUGAGGACAACUAUGAGAAAAGGAUGGCUGCAAUCUUACCAUUCGCUAAACCAUUGGCAUCUAAGAAGUUAAACAAGAAAAUAUUGAAAACCGUCAAGAAGGCAUCCAAGGCAAAACAUGUGAAAAGGGGUGUGAAAGAAGUCGUCAAAGCUUUGAGAAAGGGGGAGAAGGGUCUUGUAAUUAUUGCUGGUGACAUCAGUCCCGCCGAUGUCAUAUCACAUAUCCCAGUCUUGUGUGAGGACAACGCUGUUCUCUAUGUGUUUGUACCUUCCAAAGAGGAUUUGGGAAGUGCUGGUGCCACCAAAAGGCCAACGUCUUGUGUGAUGAUUGUUCCUGGCGGUGGAAAGAGCAAAAAGAACGCAGACAAGGUUGAUGAGUAUAGAGAAGGAUAUGAUGAGAUUGUAAAGGAGAUUAAGACCUCGGAAUAA